UUUUGAUGAACUAAAUCUUAUCAGAUAGAAUGUGUUAACUUAUUACUUAUAAUAGCAAGCUAUUUAAAGUUGCUUCCUAUAAGCGUUUAAUUGAACGCAUAUAGGUUCCUCAAUAGUUUCUGACGCAUUUUUAACUGAGAUAAAGAAAAAAAAAAUAUUUUGCUGUAAAUCGUAAUUAAUCUCCUCAAAUUUAAACAAAAAUAAUAAUAAAUUGGCGACAACAAAAAUGGUGGAGUUUGAAGUGUAUUUGCAAGGAGGCUCCCCAUGGGGAUUUCGAUUACAAGGUGGCAAAGAGUUUCGUUUACCUCUUAAAAUUGCAAAUGUAACUCCUGGUGGUAAAGCAGAAAUUGGUGGUGUUCGAGUUGGAGAUAUUGUAAAAGAAAUAAAUGGAUCAAGUACUGAAAAUUUAUACCACACUGAAUCAUUAAAUGCAGUAAAAAAAUCUAGAUAUUCUCUUUCUCUUGUUCUUUCUCGUUCAGAUGAUGAUGCAAAUGUUAUACAAUCUAUUGGGAUUGCUCCAGAAGAAGAAUCAACCCGUGUUACCCUUAAAAUUGGACCCAAAACACCAGUUUCUUCAGCACCCUCAUCUCCAAAAUUAUUUGUCCAUAAAUCACCUCAAAAAAUAGAAUCUUUUGAAGAGACUGUUGUUCCUAAAAAUUCUGUUUUUGAAGAGUCUAUACCACAAGGUCAAAGCUAUAUGAAACGUUUUUUUGGAAGCCAGGAAAAUUUACUUGAUGGAGAUAGCAAAAAAUCAAGAGGUCCAAGAAAUCUUUACAGAAAAACCUCUUUUGGUUCAACUGAUCAAACAGAUUUUGAUGAUUUGGGCCCUGUUGAACGAGAACGUAGUAGAACUUUGCCAAAGAAUUAUUCAAGGGAUGUAAAUAACAACAAUAGCUUAAAUCGUUCUUCCGGAAGUUUAUCACAAAAGGGACCACCAAAUAAAGCCCCAGACUGGUACAAACAGAUGUAUAAAGAAAUUAACACUAGCAUUGAAGGUGAAUCACAUUUAUAUAAAUUACUAACUUCGGAUGCUAAAAGUGGCGUUUUUCGGCAGUAUGAUGGAGCAUCUUCUGUUGGAGCUCGCAGUCCUCGAAGUAGUUCUCCAGAAGAUAUGUAUAGAUCAUCAACAAUCAGUACAGCAGAUGUUCCAAGAAGGUUAGGAGGUGGCAGAUCAGCAACAAAUAACCAACAUCGUAAGUCUCUACCAAACAUUCAUGCAGCAAACUUCAAUUUUAUGGAUCCAUCCAAAACAGGUGCAUCUACUACUGUGCAAAUGAGAAUUCAAAAACCUUCAAUGACUGUUGUACAAAAUAAUGAAAAUAGAAAAUCCAUAAAUUCUGAGUGGUAUCGACAAUUACAGAAAGGUGGCCAAAUUCCUGAGACUGGUUUAACAUCUUCUUCGACCGUUUUGACUAUUGACAACUCAAAAAAAGGAACAAGACAAGAAGUGAACUAUCUCGAGGACCUCAUCAAAAAAGAAGAAAUUUCAAAACCUUCAAGUGUUAAUAUUGAGUAUAACAAUCCACCAGACUUCUUUGAACUACGGAAACAAGAACUUAAAAAUAAAGAAAUAGAACAAGAACGAGAAAUGCUACGAGAAAUGCGUGAAAAGGAACGUCUUCAAGAAGAAGAAAGACUUCGUAAACAAAAAGAGCUAGACAGGUUGCGGGUUCAAGCUGAAGAGAAAAAGCAAAAGGAAAAAGAAUUAGAAAUUAAGCGUAUCGAAGAAGAGCGUAAAAAGUUAGAAUAUGAAAGAAAAUUGGCAGAAGAAAAAAAACGACUUGCUGAGGAAGAAAGAUUGAAAUUGCCAUAUCAGUUUGCACAAGCUAAAUAUUCAUUUAGCCCAGAGGGGCCAGGAGAACUCAAAUUCAAAAAAACUGAGAUCAUUCAUCUAUUGCGCCAAGUUGAUGAGAACUGGUUAGAGGGGGAAUUAAAUGGUCAUGUUGGAAUAUUUCCUGUUUCUUACAUUGAGUAUUUAUCACCUGAUUCAUCGAAUGUGAAAGAAACAAAAAGUUCUUCACAAACAAAAGAUAAAAAAGACUCUUCAUUAAUAAAUGGUGUUCAAGUUUCUUCACCAAUAAAAGAUAUCCAAGCCUCUCCACCAAUGAAAAAUAAUAACGAUUCAACAGUAUUAAAUAAUAUAAAAGAUUCACCAUCUGGUAAAGAGGCAAAAAAACAAACAAAAGAAUUAGUCAAAGAGGAAUCUUUUAUACAGUUAUCAACUGCAACUAAUGUAGAAUCAGCUGUUGACAGUGGUGAAGAUCUUGUCAGCAUUGUAUCACGAGAAGGUUUAUGUAAAGCAAAAUAUACUUUUAAACCUGCGUCAGGAAAUGAACUUCCUUUUAGAAAAGGUGACAUGAUUACUAUAAUUCGUCAAGUAGAUGAAAACUGGUUUGAAGGAAAAUUUGAUGAUAAUAUAGGAAUCUUCCCUGUUAACUAUGUUGAAGUAAUAAAAGAACCUUUGGUGGAGACUGCUCAUCCUAUUCUUUAUGUAGAAGAAAAACCCAAUAAACAGGAAGAAAAAAAGUCUGUUAAACAAGUGGAACAAAAACCUGUUGUUGAACAAAAACAAGUGGAACAAAAACCUGUUGAACAAAAACAAGUGGAACAAAAACCUGUUAAACAAGUGGAACAAACUACAAAACUAGACAAAAAAUUUGAAACAUUGAAUGAGCCUAAACUUUCUAAAAGUUCAGAUAGUGCAGUACCCAAUACUAAAAUGCAAUAUUCUGAAGGUUUAAAAAAAAAUGAAAAAAUUGAAGAAUCCAUACCAUACACGAACGGUUUUGUAAAUUCAACUAUAUAUACAAAUGGUAAUCAUGAAAAUGAUAUUGACAAUUUAAUAGGAAAAGGAGAACCGUAUCGUUGUGUAUUCUCUUAUAAACCCUCUAAUGAUGAUGAAGUAGAUCUUGCUGUCGGUGACAUAGUUUACGUUCUUGAAAAAUGCGAUGAUGGCUGGUUUAUUGGUACAUCUGAACGUACUGGUUCAUUUGGAAUAUUUCCCGGUAACUAUGUUAAACCUGUGUAGUCUUUACUUCACAGUUUCUAGAUGCAUGCUUUCAUAAGGUAUUCAAUAUGUAUCGAAUACCAUCAUAGUCAUUUAGGAUGAGUUUAAACUAAAUAAAAACGACACAAUUAUGUGAGUUAUUUAGAGAAUUAACAGAGAUCACGCAGAUGUUUUGACAAUUGACUAGUUUUAAAUUAAUUUUUCUUAAAACAAUUUCUUUUUUUUUUUAAUGACAUAAUUAUGUUUGUGUCCAAUAUAUUUUUGGGAGGAUUUUUGAAAAUAAUUCGACUGUGUUGUCGUUUUAGUUUUUUUGUUUUUCUUUUGUAAUUAAAAAAAAUACUAUGUAUAUUGAUAAAUAAUUCGAAUAUUUUGUACAGUUUUCUAUAUUGUCUGUCUUAUGUAUUUUCAAAAACAUUUAAAUAUUGUUUUUUAUAAUCUAUUGUUUAUUCAAUGUUUAUAGUUGACGUUCUUAUGUUAAUUGUCUUGGUUCGGUUCUUUGUGUGGAAAUUUUUAGUCAUAAUGUAAAUAUAUUAAUAACUAUCUAUGUACAUUUUUUUCUAAAACAUUCUUUAAAUAUAA